GCGGGGCGAAAGGGGCGCCCUGGCGCGCGCGCGCGCGACGGGCCCAGGUACGCGGACAAGAUGGCGGCAGCAGUGGUCGACAGCGCUAUGGAGGUGGUGCCGGCGCUGGCGGAGGAGGCCGCGCCGGAGGCGGCGGGCCUCAGCUGCCUAGUCAACCUGCCCGGCGAGGUGCUGGAGUACAUCCUGUGCAGCGGUUCGCUGACGGCCGCCGACAUCGGCCGCGUCUCCAGCACCUGCCGGCGGCUGCGCGAGCUGUGUCAGAGUAGCGGGAAGGUGUGGAAGGAGCAGUUCCGGGUGAGGUGGCCUUCCCUUAUGAAACACUACAGCCCCACCGACUACGUCAAUUGGUUGGAGGAGUAUAAAGUUCGGCAAAAAGCUGGGUUAGAAGCCCGGAAGAUUGUAGCCUCAUUCUCAAAGAGGUUCUUUUCAGAGCACGUCCCUUGUAAUGGUUUUAGUGACAUUGAGAAUCUUGAGGGACCCGAGAUAUUUUUUGAGGAUGAAUUGGUGUGCAUCCUAAAUAUGGAAGGAAGAAAAGCUUUGACCUGGAAAUACUACGCUAAAAAAAUUCUCUACUACCUACGCCAACAGAAAAUUUUAAAUAACCUUAAGGCAUUUCUUCAGCAGCCUGAUGACUAUGAAUCGUAUCUUGAAGGUGCUGUAUAUAUUGACCAGUACUGCAAUCCUCUCUCUGACAUCAGCCUCAAAGAUAUCCAGGCCCAGAUUGACAGCAUCGUGGAGCUUGUUUGCAAAACCCUCCGGGGCAUCAACAGCCGGCAUCCCAGCUUGGCCUUCAAGGCAGGCGAAUCCUCCAUGAUAAUGGAGAUAGAACUCCAGAGCCAGGUGUUGGAUGCCAUGAACUAUGUCCUUUACGACCAGCUCAAGUUUAAGGGGAACCGGAUGGAUUACUAUAAUGCCCUCAACUUGUACAUGCACCAGGUUUUGAUUCGCAGAACAGGAAUCCCGAUCAGCAUGUCCCUGCUCUACUUGACAAUUGCCCGGCAGUUGGGGGUCCCACUGGAGCCUGUCAACUUCCCCAGUCACUUCUUGUUAAGGUGGUGCCAAGGUGCAGAAGGGGCAAGCCUGGACAUCUUUGACUACAUUUACAUAGACGCCUUCGGGAAGGGGAAGCAGCUGACCGUGAAGGAGUGUGAAUACUUGAUUGGCCAGCACGUGACAGCAGCGCUGUACGGGGUGGUCAACGUGAAGAAAGUGUUACAGCGCAUGGUGGGAAACCUUUUAAGCCUGGGAAAGCGGGAAGGCAUCGACCAGUCCUACCAGCUCCUGAGAGACUCGUUGGAUCUCUAUCUGGCCAUGUACCCGGACCAGGUGCAGCUCCUCCUCCUUCAAGCCAGGCUCUACUUCCACCUGGGAAUCUGGCCAGAGAAGUCUUUCUGUCUUGUCUUGAAGGUGCUUGACAUCCUCCAGCACAUUCAGACCCUAGACCCCGGGCAGCACGGGGCGGUGGGCUAUCUGGUGCAGCACACGUUAGAGCACAUUGAGCGCAAGAAGGAGGAGGUGGGCGUGGAGGUGAAGCUGCGCUCCCACGAGAAGCACAGAGACGUCUGCUACUCCAUUGGGCUCAUUAUGAAGCAUAAGAGGUAUGGCUAUAACUGUGUGAUCUAUGGUUGGGACCCCACCUGCAUGAUGGGACACGAGUGGAUCCGAAACAUGAACGUUCACAGCCUGCCUCAUGGCCAUCAUCAGCCUUUCUAUAAUGUUCUGGUGGAGGAUGGUUCUUGUAGAUAUGCAGCCCAAGAAAACUUGGAGUAUAACGUGGAGCCUCAAGAAAUCUCACACCCUGAUGUCGGACGCUAUUUCUCAGAGUUUACCGGCACACACUACAUCCCGAACGCAGAGCUAGAAAUCCGGUAUCCAGAGGAUCUGGAGUCUGUGUAUGAGACGGUGCAGAAUAUUUACAGUGCAAAGAAGGAGGACGCCGAGUAACGUCUGGUCGAGGACACUGCGCCUUUGCCGCUGCUGCUGUCCUCCAGGAGAACAGGAUUCCGGAAGAAGACGUCUCCACGGAUCCCUCUGGAUUCACACCACCACCAGGAAAGCCACUUAACCAGUAGUGCUGGUUGCCUCCUACCAAGUCUAAAUAACGUGUGCUCUCCUCCAGCUGCAAAGACAAUGUUGCUCUCCGCCUACACUAGUGAAUUCAUUUGACGGCACUGUGUUCAGUGGCAUGGCUUGUGUGCUUGUCCUGUGGUGACAGUUCGUGACAUUCUGUCUUCAUGAGGUCUCACAGUCGACGCUCUUAGAGUCAUUCUUCCUGCUCACUUCCCCUCCGUCUGUCUCCCACCUGUCUCAGAACAUUUCAUUUGCCAGGCAGGAAGGGGUGGUCCUGCGUUGGCCAUGCUUUCUCUCUGAUUUCUCUGCGGAACACCGGGCGGCUUGUCUUUUCACCGUGAAUUUAGUUGCUUGUUCAGAGGGGAAGCGGUGAGUGAUGGUGGCAGCAUCUGAGAGAUGGGGACAUUAACAGACUAAUGUAAUCAGAGUCAUCCGCAUUUAUUUUUUCUAAUAUUUGAAACAGAUUUCAGGCAUUUUAUCUUCUCCCUGAUUUGACUUGGGAGAAUGGCAUAGCUUUUCCUUCUGUGUUCCUCUCACACUUAUGCUCAUCUCUCUGUGAAUUCUUAGUUUUCUGUUCCAUUACAUAAAAUCUUCUAAAGAAAGUACAUAAUAAUGGCCAUUAUGGAUGGGUUUUCCCACAUUCAUCUACUGUUCCUCCCUUUAAAAUAACUACUUUUUGUUUCCUUUUAAUUUUAAGAAUUGUUCCAGUAUCAUGACUAGAUCUUAAGUCAGUGAUGGGUUCUCUUUAUUGUAGGAAGUAUUAAUCUGGUGUUAAAAUGUUUACUUUUGGAAAUCACACACGGUGGUCUCCAAAAACCUAAAAAGGAGGUUUCACUUUUGUAACCGGAAAAAAGAAAUAAUGAACCUUAUACGUUUUUUAAAAAGGAAAGAGGAGGUUCCAUGCCCCCUGUCAUCCAUAAGAAUCACUCUAAGAUCCUUUUGAGUAUGGCGGGGUGGAGACAAGUAAAACGUCUUAAAGAAUGUCUGAUCCGUGGGGAAGGAGGCAGGUGUCCUUCUGCUUUCUCGAAGCACUGCUGUCCCGAAGAUACCACUGGCUCUUGCUCCGUGCCCUCCGUCCCUGAGCGUGAGGGCGCCGGUUCCCUGCGCAGCUCCAAAGGCCGCCACUCUCCACCUGCCUGUUCUCAAGCAAGCUAGCUAAUUCGUAGUUAACCAGUAGAAGCUAACUUCUGGAGUUAGGACCUAGUUACUUUCCUCUCUGAGUUGAGAAGAACCCAGUUGCUCUGGUGAGCGAGGCUCCGGGGGCUGGGAUCCGGCCCCGCCUCGCCGCCCACCCGUGCAUUUGCAUGCUGUUUUUCCACGCCGUGUUUGAUGACCGCCUCUCGUUUCGCCCUUGGAAGCCCUGGGAUGACCGAGGUUUGGGGAAGCCACCUGAGACCAUGUCGUGGUACCUGGCGGCUGGUAAGCAGUUACUAGAGGUGAGGGUCUGGCGGGCCGGCGCCUGCCAGCCCGAGUUCGCACUUGCCAGUGUCGGCGUCCCUCGGCAGUCAGAUCUAGAGCCCGAUGGGUUAGAUCUGCCCGGGCAACGUGACCACUCACAGCACCCCGCCUGCUGAGGCCGGGGGUCUAACACUACUCUCGUUUAAAGGUGAGAAACUAGUUAAUCCAGAGGUAAUACUAACCAGAUGCGUUACUAAGAAACUGUGGAGCAUGCUGAGUUAUAACCGUUGGUUUUCUGGUUUGAUUUCCUUUUUUUCUUAGAGUAACAUCGAAGCCAAGAAGGAUGGUUUUACUUUUACUGACCCAAUGUAAAUAUGUAUGUAGACCGUUUUUAAAUGUGUUUCUUCAUGAAUGCUUCAUUCGGCUCCAGGAAGCCUGUGUCACCUGUGUAAGUUGGUAUUUGGGCACUUUAUAUUUUUCUAAAAACGUGUUUUGGAUCUCCUGUACUCUAAUAAAUCAUAAGUUUCUUUUUAAAAUUUUUUCCAAAAGUUUUCUCCAUUUUAAAAAGCCCUGUUACAACAAAGUAGGACUUUCACUAUGUUAAAAUAUUAAAUAUUUGGAUAUAGUCACUUCUUUUCUCUUCAAAUGAAUGCCAAGAUUUUUUUGUACAAUGAUUAAUAAAAUGGAACUUACCCAGAGAAACCACACAAGCGGACUGCCCAAUUUCGUUUCGGAACAGAAAGUCCGGCCAUGACAACAGCAGAAUGUCCCUGGCUUCUCUUCUGCUCCAAACAUUCAAACAUUUGCUCCACCGAAUUUUUCCUAACUUUGGUGAGUGCACAGGGCACCUUUAUUCCGCCGGCUCCUCCCAGACGCCAGUUCCAGUCAGCUGGCUGGGAGAGGCGGAGCCCGUGGUUGUCACGGGAACAGCACAGCUUGUCCAGCGCAGCUUGUCGGUUGUUACAGUCUGUGUUGUGCAAUGGGAAGGGCAGGUGCUUCGGGACGUGCGGGUUCUCAGUGCGUUGUUAGCACUGGUGUGGUAGCUGCGGGAUGCGGGGCGCCCGUCCCCCCAGCGAUGCUCUGUGUGCUGUGCAGAGAGGACGAGGCACAGGCCAGUCCCCAGUAUCUGCGCUGCGGUGGGUCUCAGACCUGGAACAUACUGUCAUGCGUUGUGACUUACCUACUUCUUGGCCCCUAGAACCUUCCUCCCCAACACACACGCACACACAGACACACACACACACAGAGCAGCCCCAAGGUCCAGUGUUUGUGGACGUACUUUGGGAAACACUGUGUCAUCAGUUAUGUCCAAAACUAGUCUCCGUUUGCCUCAGACCAGUUUGGCCAAGUGUCUCGUGUGAACAACUUCGUCUAACCGGAUUUCGGACGGCCGGCUUCAUGUGGUCUCCGCCCAAACCUCGUAAUAGAUCUCAUUAUAAGUGCAUUUACACAGCAAAAUUGUUUUAUCAUGAAAACCAGCAUUAAUACUGUUGCUCCGUCAGUUGUACAUUUUCUAUAUCUACUCGAAGUCUUGCUCUAAUUUUAAAAUGUCUCAGUCUUUCCUAACGUAUUAAAUUGAGUCAAACGUUCACGUUCUAGGCUUGCUUCUACCAUCCGAAGGCGAAAUGCUCUUUUUUCCUUCCUCCAUAUUCUAAGUAACUAAAAUUGGAUUGCCAGCAACUUUUUAAUUUAGAGGUAUCCUGUGGCCGUAAUAAUCAAGAUGUAGCUCUUCAUGUCUUACUGUUUGUAGUUUUUUGGAGGAAAGGAGAGAAUGUUCUCCUAGACAAAAUGCAGCAUUUGGCUGUGUGCCGGUUUCUUUCUGGAGACGUCAGCAGUUGUGUUGCGCUUGUGCUUUUGUAUUCAAGCUUCCCUGGAGCCGGCAUUGGCUUCAGCUAGACUCUUCACAGCAACCCUCUAAGGCAGGGCCAGGUGGUCAGUGUUUCUGCGGGCCACGGAAGGUCACAUGUUCUUUGUUUUCAUAAACGUAGAAGACCUUCUCAGCAUGAGGGCUGUAAAGAAACCGGCGGUGGGCUGGGUCUGGCCCAUGGGCCGCAGUUUGCCAGUCCCCGCCGAGGUGUAGGCCUGCCCGCAUCCCACUGUCCGGCCGGGAGGUCGGGAGCGUACUGCUUGGAGGCGGCACGGCUGGUGGGACGCCUGGGUGUGUGAUCUCCAAGCUCCCGCUCUAGGCAAGGUCACCACUGCCAACUUGAGCAACUACCUCGCACCGGUUUGACCUUCUGCCUUGCAGCCACUUUAACUUCUAAACGUUUCAGUUCUUUAACACUUACACUCUUGAGAGGAAAGGACAUUCCUUUGGUGAAUAAAAUUCUGUGCAAUUAUAGAACAAAUGUAUUAUGGCCAUUUAGUGAUGAUUGUAUUAGGGUAAUGCUAGUUCUAUAAUAAAUAGACCCAAAAAUUUC